UCACCCUCGUUCUUGUUCUCGUUGGGUUUGUUUACACUCUAGUUGUGUGUGAAGUUUGAAGUACAGGCUGUGCAGGUGAUCCAUUGAGAAGUGAGGGUGCAAAGAAGAUGAUGCUUUCAGCUGCUCUUUCUACUUCAUCUUCUACAAAACCCCCCUACGCCAUCAUCACAAACCACCUCUACAAAACCCCCCCUCCAUUCACAACCACACUCUUUCAAUCGCACUCACCUCUUCCAUCAUCAUCCAUUCCAAUUGCUGCUCCAAUUAGGGCUUCUUACUCUUCUGAUUACGAAUCUUCCUCAUCAUCGUCGUCGUCGUCGUCUCCGGCCAAGGCUCUUCGCCGCCUUCUCGAAUCCCCAGGACUUCAUCAAGGCCCUGCUUGUUUCGAUGCCCUCAGCGCCAAGCUUGUCCAAUCAGCCUCAUUUCAGUUCUGCUUUACUAGUGGGUUUAGCAUAUCAGCUGCUCGGCUGGGGUUGCCGGAUACUGGAUUUAUAUCAUAUGGAGAAAUGCUCGAUCAAGGCUCACAAAUAACUGAGGCUGUAUCAAUUCCUGUAAUUGGUGAUGGAGAUAAUGGGUAUGGUAAUGCCAUGAAUGUGAAAAGAACUGUCAAGGGAUACAUCAAAGCUGGAUUUGCUGGAAUAAUAAUUGAAGAUCAGGUGUCUCCCAAAGCUUGUGGACAUACACGUGGACGGAAAGUAGUUUCUAGAGAAGAAGCAGUUAUGAGGAUAAAAGCAGCUGUUGAUGCUCGAAAAGAAAGUGGCUCUGACAUUGUAAUUGUAGCUCGAACAGAUUCUCGUCAAGCACUCUCAUUUGAUGAGUCAAUUUGGAGGUCAAAGGCCUUUUCUGAUGCUGGAGCUGAUGUUCUCUUUAUUGAUGCACUGGCAUCAAAAGAGGAAAUGGAACAAUUUUGUCGAAUUUCUCCUAUUGUUCCAAAAAUGGCAAAUAUGCUUGAAGGAGGAGGAAAAACUCCUAUACUCAGUCCUCUUGAACUUGAAAAUAUUGGAUAUAAGCUUGUCGCAUAUCCUUUGUCCUUGAUGGGAGUUUCCAUUCGUGCAAUGCAGGAUGCGUUGGCUGCCAUUAAAGGAGGCCGUAUACCUUCCCCUGGAAGCAUGCCAUCUUUUGAAGAAUUACAAGAAAUUUUAGGAUUUAACUCUUACUAUGAAGAAGAGAAGCGGUAUAUUACUAAAGAAAAUGCACUAUAUUCUGAAGGAGUCUCAGCUAGCAGCAAAGACUUCACCAUGCGAGAGAGGGAUGAAGAUGACAAGGAGCAGAGAAGUCAGAGCUUACAAGAACCUGUUGUUGAAGUAUUAACUCCUGAAGUCUACAGUGAAUUUGGUGCAGGUAGUUCUGCUGAUCCAUUUUCAGGGAUCUGGUCAAGAAAGCUGAGGGUCAAAAUAAUUGGACGAGAUGGUUCUGAAAAACUUGAUGUCCGUAUUCCAGCUGGAUUUUUGGAUGGCAUUACAAAUAUAGUUCCAGCUCUUGGAGGUAUAAAUAUCAAGGAGCUCAUGGAUGAUGCAGCUCUAGAAGUUGGAGGGAAGCUUUUGUUAGACUUCAAUGACGCGAGGGGAGAUAGGAUUCAAGUAUUUCUGGAGUAGAUUUGCUGCACUUAUAUGUCUAAAUACUGUGCUAGCCGAGUCUAUCAAAGAGCUAUAAAUUUCUGCAUCAAAAGAAAACUCAUCUUUUGGAGGGGACACCAUUAGAGAACAAAAUUAUGAAUCGGGGUAUCCAGCGAUAAUUGGGUAAAUCUUGGGAUCAUAGCUAUGGGUUUUAGCUACUUAUGGCUUAUGGGGCUGGGGAUACACUGAUACUUGUUGAAUUGAUGGAUGAUUGUGAAACAACUAAACCUUGGACAUCCAACUGUGCAAAACAACUCUCCUACCAAUGGACAAUGAAAAUAGAGUUGAUUGCUUUUUUUUUUACCCCUAAAUGAGAAUGUUUUUUGGAUUUC